AUGGAGAGGCCCUUUGGCUGCUUCGUCUUCCUCCUCUUUAUCUCCGUUGUUGCUGCCACCUUCAACGACGAAGGCUCCUUCCCGGAAAACGCCGACCUCACGAACGACUUACAACAAAAAUGCUUUGACAUUAACAAAGUCGAUCCUAGUCUAAAAUUCGAAAACGACCGUCUAAGAAGAGCUUACAUUGCUCUUCAAGCAUGGAAGAGAGCCAUAUACUCUGAUCCGUUUAAAACCACUAAAAACUGGGUCGGAUCCGAUGUUUGUUCUUACAACGGUGUUUACUGUGCGGAAGCUUUAGACGAUCCUAGUCUCACGGUCGUCGCUGGUGUUGACCUUAACCAUGGAGAUAUAGCUGGACAUUUACCACCGGAGCUAGGUCUUAUUACCGAUCUAGCUUUGUUUCACAUCAACUCGAACCGGUUCUGUGGGAUCAUCCCGAAGAGUUUGUCCAAACUCACGUUGAUGUAUGAGUUUGACGUCAGCAACAACCGGUUCGUCGGUACAUUCCCGGAAGUCUCGUUAUCGUGGCCGUCUUUGAAGUAUCUUGACCUAAGAUACAACGAGUUCGAAGGAUGUUUACCAAAAGAGAUCUUUGAUAAAGAUCUUGAUGCAAUCUUUUUGAACAAUAACCGGUUUGAUUCGGUUAUCCCAAGUACGAUUGGAAAAUCGACCGCUUCGGUCGUGACAUUCGCGAACAAUAAAUUCAGUGGUUGUAUACCGAAAUCGAUCGGUCAAAUGAAGAAUCUCAAUGAGGUUGUUUUCACUGGAAACAAUUUAACCGGUUGUUUCCCGAACGAGAUCGGUUCGCUUAACAACAUGACGGUUUUUGAUGCGAGCAAGAACGGUUUUGUCGGUAGUAUACCGUCGAGCUUGUCCAGUUUAGCUAGCGUUGAACAGUUGGAUUUGUCGAGUAAUAAGCUAACCGGUUUUGUUGCCGACACGUUUUGCAAGUUGCCUAAUUUGGAAAGUUUUAAGUUUUCUUACAAUUACUUCAGUGGAGAAGCUGAGAGUUGUGUUCCUGGGAAGAGCAGUGGGAAACAAUUUGAAGAUACGAGCAAUUGUUUGAGGAAUAGACCAAACCAGAAAUCGGUUAAGCAAUGUUUACCGGUGGUUAGCCGUCCGGUUGAUUGUAGUAAAGACAAGUGUUCUGGAGGCAGCAACGGUGGAUCUAAACCAUCACCAAAGACACCCGAAUCUAACCCACCAAAACCUAAAGAACCGGUUAUGCCUAAGCCUAUUGAAUCACCUAAACCCGAGACACCAAAAACACCUACACCUAAGCCUGAAGCACCAAAAUAUGAAUCUCCUAAACCGGAAACACCUAUAAACAAACCCGAGCUUCCAAAACAAGAAUCUCCUAAACCACAACCGCCUAAACAUGAAGAAUCUCCUAAACCGGAACAACCAACACCAAAUCCACCUAAACCAGAAGAGUCACCAAAGGUUGAAACACCAAAAAGACCAGAGACUCCUAAACCGGUGUCACCACCGAAAGAAGCACCAGAACCAACACCGGAAGAUCCUUUUGAAGCAUCUCCGAUUCAAAAACGUCGUUCUCCACCACCACCAGUGGUAGAAGAAACACAUGUACCACCACCACAGCCACCAAUGCCCUCCCUACCGCCACCAUCACCGGUUUACUCGCCACCGCCAUCGGUUCACUCACCACCGCCUCCAGUUCACUCCCCACCACCUCCUCCGGUACAUUCUCCUCCUCCACCACCAACACCUGUUCACUCUCCACCUCCACCUGUUGCUUCUCCUCCACCACCAUCACCACCUCCUCCAGUUCACUCUCCUCCUCCCCCACCGGUUUACUCUCCACCACCACCGGUUUUCUCUCCACCACCACCAUCACCGGUAUACUCACCACCACCACCAGUAUACUCACCACCACCUCCAGUCCACUCUCCACCACCACCACCGGUAUACUCACCACCUCCUCCAGUCUACUCUCCACCACCAUCACCGGUAAAUUCUCCACCUCCACCAGUUUUCUCACCACCACCAACACCUACAACAACUCAACCACCAGUCCAAGCUCCAACACCGGUUCAAGCACCAACCCCAUCCUCAGAGACAACCGAAUCUCCUACUCCAUCAACAGAAUCAGACCAACAACCAAUUCAAGCUCCAACACCGGUUCAAGCCCCAACACCAUCCUCUGAAUCAUUCCAAGUGCCAUCUUCAUCACCAAUUCAAGCCCCAACACCAAGUUUCGAACCAGUUGAUGCCCCAACACCAACCUCUGAACAGGUGAAUGCUCCAACACCAUCAAACGACGUUGAAGCGCCAGAAGCAUCAGUUGUCACUCCUCCAACAACGUCGUCACCUUCUCCGUCCUCCGACAAAGAAGCAUCACCUGGAAGUAAAGACCGUGAUGAUGACGAAGGUGAUUUCAUCCUACCACCAAACAUCGGAUUCCAAUAUGCAUCGCCUCCACCACCGAUGUUCGCAGGCUACUAA